AUGGAUGAACACAUUUUAAAGAAGCUAACUAGCAGAGAGCUCAAAAAAACAAUUUUACAAAAAGCGAAGGACAUUUUGGAAGAAAGGGAAAGGAAUUCAAAUGAGAGGAACAAAGAUGGCAAAGGAAAUGCAACCACAGAAAAUGAACAGUGUUAUAAUAAAAGUCCCCAGGGAGAAAUAGGGGGGGGUUCGGAUGUGGAUGGGAAUGUUCCUGCAGACAAGGAGGGCAACUCUUUCUACAGUUUGUACGAAUUCUCUAGUAAAUAUCUCAAAAUGUGCAAAAUGAACAGGCUGAACCAUGAGAACAUCGAAUACGAGUUGAUCAUCUCGUUCAUGCGAACCUUCAACAAUGAGCUCAAGUUUCAGCUGAACAUAACCAGCGUGGAUGAUCAGGAGGAUAAGAAAAACUCAGUGCUUCACCAGAUGGCCAACCUUUUCUCAGAUAAGCUAAUUUACUAUUGCACUACCCCCAUGGCUGUUGUGGUCCCUCAUGGUGACAACGAGAGUGGCCUUCUGGGUGAUGAGCUCCUGGAGCAAAUUCGUUUCUUUUUUAAACAAUUCGAGGAGAAGAAUCACGAGAACUUCCUAUUCAACAUGUGCCUAAGGAAAAUUGCGGAAUGUAUUUUCAGUUUCAAGCCAAACCCCGAGGACGUGGCUAGCUGGAUUUCCAGGCAGGCGUUGGCCGACCUAGUAAAGGCCCUACUGGGAGAAAAUUUAAGAAGAUAUGGACAGUGCAUCAUCUGCAUGACCGACUUUAUAAAAGAAAGACACGCGAAAUUGACUUUGGCCCAAGUUGACAACGUUGUACUCAUAAUCGAGAUCGUUCAAUACGCCAUUGUUUACCUGUCUGAGCGGAAAUACAACACGAAAUGCUCCUCAUUCGUGCGAGAAGAAUGGUUUAAGCAUUUCACUGAUUUGCUGCACACGCUAAAGAACUCCGUGUGGAAAAUAUUCCUCGACCAACUGAUAGUCACGGAAACGUUUCUCUACGAGAAGAAGGCGGAAAAUACCAACAAGGAGUUUAACAGCUAUUACAAGCAGCACCUGGAAGUGUGGAGGUUGAAGAAUACGUCGUACUCCAAGUGGUUUAAAAUUGAGAUGCCCCUCUCUUUGAGUUUGUUGAAAUGA